UAAAAGGUGGAUUUUUUUUUAGCUAAUGUUAGUAAAUCUGUUUUCUUGUAAAUAGACACGCGGGUGUAAGUUUCCGUGGACUACAGACCAUGGCUCGUGCUCAAGCGGAGAGUGUUAUAAGACGUAUUAUUCGAGAAAUUAUGCAAGAAUGUUCAACUAAAGGACAGACAGUUUCCGAAACCUUAGUUGCCUUUAUGGUGAAGGCCAUUGUUUUAGAUCCAAGGAAUCAUUUUAAUGUUGAUCGCACCCUAACCAAGCAGGAUGUACAAAGACUUAUUGAGCUGUGCGUGGACAAGCUUAUGGACAAGAGAAGUCCUGCUCUCGACACCAUCAAAAUGCAAGUCUACUUUGACAUGAAUUACACAUCUCGGCGUGAGUUCCUGGAAGAGCACCACAGAGUCCUUCUGUCACGGCUCGCCUCGGUAGGCCGCGAGAUCACUGACAGUCGAUUGAAGAAUCGGGACGACUUGGAGGGCCUCUACCGGAAAAUAGUCAGUUAUGUGCUGCUGCGCUCUGGUCUGGAGUCACCAACGGACAUCAACACGGUCCGGGAAGCCACGGCUGCUUUGCAGAGUGUCUUCCCUCAGUCGGAGCUAGCGACCUUCAUGUCUCUCACCAAAGCAGACAAGGAGCAGCAACUGAGCGAGCUUACCAUGAUAGUAACAGGGAUUCGCCUCUUCAACAAGGACUGUAGAAAGGGAGGAGAGGGCAUUGAAGACUUGCCCUCCAUUUUAAACGAAGCCAUACCUGCCACCACCAUCGACAUUGAGAAGGAGCUCAGGGAAUCCCAGAGCUUGGCCUGGCAAUACACUGCCCUUCUGGAGAGGCUUACUGACCCCAAGGCUGGGCCAGUCCACUGCCCUGUCAGGGCAGAUCUGCUGCUGCAGGCCCUGUACAAUGUGCGGCAACAUGAGACUUUCCUCAAAAUCAUCCUGGCUGAUGCCAUCCUCUGUGCCAAGCAAGUGGAGGCCCUGCAAACUGACCUGAUGACCCGCUUGAGUCUGCUGAAAGCCACAGUGCACGCCAAGACGGCCGUGCCCACCGCACAGGUUUUUCCUCAUUUCACCACACUGUCCAGGCUCUGGGCCAGCUUCCAGGACGAGAUGCUCCUCCUCAGCAUCCUCAACAACAUGGUGGUCAGCCUGAGGCCCUUCCUGAGCGCCCAGUCCCACCUGCUGCCAGAGGGCCAGCUGGAGGCCCUUCUGGACGGCGAGGACGUCAAGAGCGACGACAGCAGACUGCGGGAGAGCGCAGAGGACAAGAUCAACCCAGCGGAGUACAAAGCACAGGACUGGUUCUUCCACGAGACCACGGCUAACUUUGACCAACUGCCCUUGCAAUACAAGGCCAUCUGUGGUUACACACUGGUGAAAAAAGAUGGACUUGUAGUUCCAGCGAAUCCCCAGAUAGGGGUGCUGAAACACAAGGAGAAAUACUAUGCCUUUUCCUCCAAGGAGGCAGCGUGUAGCUUUGCUUCCAAACCAGAUGAGUACAUUGAGGGCAUCAUAGAAAUAGCCAAGAAGUGUCCAGAGCUAAUUCAGCUCCUGGAGCUCCAUCAGCAGUUUGCGUGUGUCACCCCAUACUCACAGAUGCAGUCAGGCCAGAGACUGCUGGUGAAACCUAUUUCCAAAUGUGACAGCAGCACUCAGACAGACACCCACUUGGUGGAGACAAACCUCGUUAAGUCCUAUGAGUGGAAUGAAUGGGAGCUCCGGAGGAAAGCCAUACAGCUGGCUAACCUACGGAGCAAAGUCACACACUCAGUGCAAACCAACCUGAGUCACAUGCGGAGGGACAACGUGACGCAGACGUACCAACCAAAAGAUGUUGGAUGCCAGACGAAAAAAGAUGCCGAGACCAACGUCCCCAAACCAAAGGUCUACCUGGCUGGGUUACGGGGUGGAAAGCCAGGACCAACAAUUAUGACCAAAACAGUAUUGACCAGAUCAGUUGAUGAGUAGCUCUAUUCCAAAUAAAUUUUACUUAAGCAAGCA